UUUACAUAAUAUUAUGACAACAUGAGAACUUAUUGCAUUUUUAAUUGUUAUAGAAAGUUUUUUAAAAAUGUCCAAACGCGAAAAUAUUCUUCUAACUUUGAAUACGAGACGAAGAUCGAAAAUAUUAGGAAUAUUGGGAUUUUAGCACAUAUAGAUGCAGGCAAAACUACAACAACUGAACGUAUGCUUUAUUACUCCGGGACUAUACGGUCUAUGGGCGAGGUGCAUCAUGGUAACACGGUCACCGACUACAUGGAACAGGAGAGACAAAGAGGAAUUACAAUCACAUCUGCUGCGGUAUCCUUUCCCUGGCAUGGCACACAAAUCAACUUAAUUGACACACCGGGCCACAUUGACUUCACUAUGGAGGUUGAGCAGAGUCUGGCUGUGUUAGAUGGUGCUGUUAUAGUCUUGGAUGCUUCAGCAGGUGUGGAGGCUCAAACAUUAACAGUGUGGAGACAAGCAAGUGGGUACCGAGUCCCUCGGAUACUGUAUCUCAACAAAAUGGACAGGAGUGACGCAGAUGUGAACAGCUGUAUCAGAUCUGUGCGUGAGAAACUACAGGCCACACCUCUCAUGAUACAUGCACCUGUUACUAAGGAGGGAAAACUAAUUGGUCUCAUUGAUUUAGUGACAUGCGAAGAAGUAAUAUGGACGCAGGGACGUGGACAGAAUUACGUUAGGCGAAAAGUUGUAGAGAAACAGGAUGGCAAAAAUUGGGAAAAAAUAAUGAAUAGCCAUAGACAACUGAUUGACACUCUCUCCUCAUUGGAUGAUCAGUUAGCAGAGAUAAUAAUACAACAAGAUUCAUUGGACAAUAUUGAAAUUCCACAGAUAAAUGAUGCUAUCAGACGGUGCACAUUGAAAAUGAGCGGAUUUCCUAUAUUAUGUGGCAGUUCUUACAAAAACAUUGGUGUACAGACAUUAAUGGAUUCCAUAGUAUCUUAUUUACCAUCACCUUUAGAAUGUAAUAGAAUUUACAAAAGCUUUGAUUCCGAGUUAGCGGCUAGGGCCUUUAAGGUGCAGCAUGAUGACCAGAGAGGUGUAUUAACAUUCCUAAGGCUGUACAGCGGUGAGAUUGAAAAGGGACAGAAGAUAUACAACUUGGCAAGAGAGAAGAGUGAACAGACAGGUUCGCUGUACGUGGCACUGGCGGACGAGUACCGGCCGGUGGACAAGGUCACUGCGGGGAAUAUUGCUGUUGUCAGCUCCCUCAAGACGACCAUGACCGGAGACCUGGUGACUUCAACGCAGACGUCCGCCAAACGCGCACGCAGUCAGUUGGCGCGCUGGCUGCAGAAGCCAGGCGCUGAGGAGCUGAUGCUGCCCAGCGCGCGACAGCGGCUGCAGGCUCUCGAUACUCAGCCCAGCACUGAGGAACUUGCUGAGGUCUUGCUCGGGAUUGGUACGACAGUCCCCGAACCGGUGUUCCUGUGCUCCAUAGAACCGCCUAGCGCUGCGUACCAGAGCGCGCUGGAGAGUGCGCUGGCAGAGCUGCAGCGCGAGGACCCCAGCCUGCGUGUCUCCACUGACGACGAGACCGGCCAGCUCGUACUCGCUGGUAUGGGUGAACUCCAUCUGGAGAUAAUCAAAGAGCGCAUCAUCAGGGAGUACAAGAUAGAUGUGGAGCUGGGCGAGCUGCAGAUCGCGUAUCGGGAACAGCUCCUGGGGGAGGCCAAGUCCACCCUGGAUGUAGACCGCAAGAUCGGCAGCGUGCGGCAGGCGGUCAAGCUCACCAUGUCCGCUAAAACAGUGAAGGGAAUCUCGCAAGAUAAGAUUCUCAAUUGUGUUGUGGGUAGACUGGACAAGAGUGGUGAGAGUGCGGCCAACUUGUCUCACGUGCAUCCUCGCACAAUGUCCGCGCUGCAGCAGGGCGUGCGCGCCGCGCUGCAACAUGGACCUAAACUCGGCUGUCCUCUGGUGGAUGUUCAGGUGACGCUGCACUGGCUGGAGCUGGGGCGCGGCACCUCGGACUCAGUGCUGGGUGCUGGUGUGGUGCAGUGCUUGCGCAAGGUGUUCGAGGAGGCUCAGUCUGCAGUACUGGAGCCGAUGAUGUCGCUGCAGGUUGUAGUGCCGGAGAGUCACUCGGCGCGCGUCACCGCAGACCUCGCGCGACGUCGCGCUGAUGUACAACAAGUGAACACUAGACACGGCAAUAAGGUAAUAGAGUGCAUAGCACCACUGUCAGAGUUGUUGGGCUACUCGUCAGCGCUGCGCUCGCUGAGCUCUGGUCUCGCCAGCUUCAGUAUGGAGCUGCGCGCGCACCGCCGCAUGUCACCGCACGAUGAACACAAGGCACUCAAACAUGUCACCGGCUUCUAAAUAUUUGUUUUGUCUUCUCACACAUAGAUGGCGCUUUUAUUUAUUAGGAAAACAUUUAUAGAUGGCGCUAG